GUGACGAGAGAUAUCGUACAGAUACAUAACCUCAAAAUGAUUAUAAAAUGUAUUACCUGCAAUACCAUUCAGAAUAAAAAUCAUAGUGUAUCUUUUCAUUUGAAAGUAAUAAAGCAUUAACGUAAUAUAAUAUAGCGUAAGAAUGUUUUAUAUAAAAGUCAGAUUUCUUAAAGAUGAAAAUAGAAGAGAAUUGUGGAAGAUUACUUGCAAUGUUCAAAAUUUGAAUUUGACCCCAUCAACAAGGGUUUAUUCAAGACAUUUUAUUACGGAUUGCUUUUAUUAUUCACAAAAUGCAACUCGACUUUCGAAAAAGUCAUCAGUUCCUACUCUAUUCUUAACCAAGAAGAAACAAUAUUUUGACAGAUUACGAGUUGAAUCGUUGCAAAUGUUUCCGUCGGGAUCUAAUGAUGAAAAUGAAAAUAAUAACGAAUCAUCAUUAUGUAUUAAAGAACUAAAGAAUCGUAAUGAACCGGUGACUAGAGAAGCUUGCGAUACAGUCAUGGAUAUUGAAAAUAUAGACCCUUUGGUUCAUUCCGAAAAAGAGCGUAAUACCAUAGAAGAAGUACAUUGGCAUUCGUCGAUGGUUUCAUCCUACCCGUACUGCCCCCUCCGGCCGCGCGGCGUACUAACCGCGGGAGCAGCGUGGAAUUUGAAUCGCUCAAGGGGCAGAAUGGUAUUCCUAACAAAAAAUAGAUAUUUAUAA